GUCAACACCGCUUUAUCGGCAGAUCUUUGCAAUCUUUGUUAUCUUUGUGUCUUUGUUCAGCACACUUCAAAUUCAAAGUGCAUAGUGCAUCGUGCAGCUGCUGCUGCACUAAUCCGUACUAAUCCCCACGGCCGGUUUUCUCCCUUUGAUUGUGCUUCAGUUCUGUCUCACAAAUUCCUGAAGUAUCCUUUUGCUAGAGUGCAUUUGAUCAGCUCAUCAGUUCUCGGUCUGAUUUGGAACCCCGAUGGACUCAGCGAAGAGGCGCGCUCGGCGGUUCACCAUCUCCGUCUGGUCAUGAUCCUCAACGAUGGUCGACGACGAGCUUCAUCUAACCACGUUUGAGUACUACGCCCUUCUAUCGAUAGUGAUAGUGCCCGUCAUGCUAUUUUUCAAGCUGUGGGCGUGGCUUGGUUGGGAGCUCUUCAAAAAUAACUGAAACAAGUAUCGUUCCUCGUCGAGACGAUGCCCUCCGUAGCGAAAGCGCUGCGGCUGCCGCGCGUUUUCCAGAGGUCCCUGAGCUCGAAACCGAGCGACUUGACAGACACGACCCUGACGCGGACCAUCCGGUUGCACACGGAAUUGAGCGUCGCGCACCUGACGCCGGAGCUGCGUCUUCAUCUGAUCACGCCCAACUGCACCCUCUGGCGGGCCCCACCCUCGGAGGCCCCCUUCGCAGACCCGUACUGGGCCUUCUACUGGCCGGGCGGACAGGCCAUCGCUCGCUACAUCCUCGACCACCCGGCAGCGGUGCGGGGGCGCCGGGUCUUGGACCUAGGCGCCGGCAGCGGGGCCUGCGGCAUCGCCGCCGCCAUCGCCGGCGCCCAGCGCGUCCUUCUCAACGACAUCGACCCUGUCGCCUGCGUCGCCGCCCGACUCAAUCUCCAGGAAAACCUAGAGCAGUGUAAAACUUGUGAUGUCGGCAUCAGCUCGGAGAACUUAUUGAAGGCGGAGUUUUUCCCGUGGGAUCUCAUCUUGAUUGGAGACAUGUUUUACGAUGAGACUUUUGCUGCCGUCUUGUAUCCAUGGCUGAAGAGUGCCUCCGCUGAAGGGUGCUCGGUACUGAUAGGAGACCCUGGCCGCCAUGGGCUGUCUGCAAGAAUCAGGUCCAGACUCACCAAACUUGAAGAAUACAACCUACCCGAACACUGCUGUCUGGAAAACCGGGGCUUCUCAUCCGCUGUUGUUUGGCGACUCAGCCUCUAAAAGAUCAGCAUGAAGGUAUCAACAACGAGCCAAUCCUUUAUGGAUGAUUUUGAAUAAUGAUCUAUGCGUGUUUUUUGAUAGAUAUUAUCUAAAAUUCUGCAAAAUCAUGUUACCCUAUUGACCCAAUGUUGGCCUAUUAGCUUUAAAAUUUGAUUGAUCUCUGUUGGGUGUGUUAUUUACUCGAAAUGUAAGUCCUAUCAUGUUUUUCAUGUCGACUGCAAAUUUUAGGAAGAUAACCAUUUUCAUCAACUUUUAAGAAUUUUUAAGACUCUUUCUCAGAUUGAGGUAUCUUAUAGUUAUGUAUCGAUGAUCACCAAGCACAAAAAAAUCAGGGCUAUUGCUUUUGUUACCUAAAUAUUGUAGUGUUAAAUCUCAGAGUUUUCACACUAUUCUCAGGCUGUUUCUACAUGUUAUAUAACGUGCUAAACAUUACCUUUUUUUAAAAUUACUUUAGUUCAUUAGUUGCACCUAUUAUUUUUUGUCGUUCAGUAAGCUGCAAAGUUCUUGAUAUCGGCAAAUUUAAGGGUUGAAAAUGACAAUGAAAAUAACGCUAAAUAACAAAGCAAGUACACUUAAAUUAAGAAGAAAAUCGCAAAAAUUUAAAAACUCAAUCUUUCCUUAUUUAAUUAUUUGU